AUGGCAAUGCCUAAUUCAUUCCAAGAUGACAUCAAUUAUCACAAACAGUCUCAUUCACAAUUUACUUUCCCUACGAGACCAUCGAGAGUGCGCGCCGUUCCCGACUCGAGCAACCUUCUGUUGUCUCCCGGCAUACGACGAGUCGAAUCAAGUCCACCAGUUGUAAUGGGAACUCCGUCGCCACCGCUGCUCCCGACUAAUGCAACCCUCCGAGUUCGCAAGCGUCGGAUUGAACGAUCCCUUACAGCCUACGAUGCUGCUCAGUCAGAUGACAGUCGCUAUACGUUCCCGCCCGCUCAUCAAGAUGAUCAAAGGCUAAACCAGUAUGACGAAACCAGUAUGGGGCCUAGUAACGACUUACCAGCACAUCAAGCUGAUCAUCGAGGGAAUGUUACGAGGUCAGAUGCUGCGGUCAUAUCAGAUAAAGAGAACAUCCCUGUCUACUUUCGCGAAUUGAACAACGAAGAUUUCCCAGUCAGUCUCCAGAGGCGAGAGUCUGGUAAGAGGAAAGCUUUUGUCAAGAUGCUCGACGGCGCGAAGUCUAAAUAUCCUCGUCUAUCGCAGCGCAGCUUCACCACUACCGGUUUGAUCAGAAGAUCUUCCACCAAAACUGCGACUGACCCGGCUCUCAAGCCCGGGAACUUGAGUUUAAAGCAUUCGUCCUUAGGUGUAGACUCGCAAACAAAGUCUAUAUUUGAACCGUCAAUGAGCUCGGAUCGAAUCAGGCGUGAUGGAACCAAGAGCACCGACUUACGCUUGAUGAACAUGGGAGCCUGUACAAUGGAAACUUCACAGGUCGAUGAUCAUUGCGAAGCGCCGCUCGAACACUGUCCAGCUGAUAUCCCGCAACAUUCGCAAGCCUUGUUAUCCAUGCAGUUGCAUAUCCUGUCAGAAAUAUCGGUUCUCAAUGCUGACGAUGAUGAGUCAUUCUGGAUCGCUAUAGAAGCCGAGGCUGUACUUCACAAUUCAGCUCAUGCUCAGCACCACACUAUGCUCAAUGACCCGGUUGUGUUCGGUGAGCUCUGUGAUGUCGUCGUGACUAUCGAAGCUUGUCAGGGAUGUACCAUUCGUACAGUCAUCGGCUCUAAGAAUGAAGCUGUUUUGAGAGCGCACCAAACGAUGCUAAUAAUGGUGAGAGUCGAAGUUGGCCGACGUCAACCAGCCGUGCAUGAUCAAAAUUCUUUUUCUCUGGAAGACAAAUUGUCUGAACUUGACAUCGCCUUCCACGAACUGGAGACAUUGUUGGGGGAAAGCUUGAAUCCGAUGCUAUUCAUCCAAUGCCGAUAUCGGCAUACUCUACUUCCAGAUCAUUCUGAGGUCUCAACCCAGGAGGCCUGCUUCUUGAGACGAACAAGCUGUGGAAGUCUCUGGGCAGUCCCAUCAGAAGACGAUGGUGGCAAGAGCCGACUUCACGCAAAAGUGUUGCAUGAAAAGCUGAUAUUCGCACUUGCGACGGAACUGCUUGCAGUACAAGCUUUGAGCGAACUAGAUCAGAGCUUCACAGCCUCUCGGCCAUGUGCGUGCCCAGAUUACCUCGAGAUGGCCCGACGCAGUCUACAGGUUCACCUCGCUACUCAUGGUGAUGAAUGCGUCACAGAUAAAGAGGAUGUCUUGGCUCGUUUGAGCCCUCCACAACCACGAUUACCACGAUUCUCCCAUGAGACGUAUGAUAAGCCGUUUCGUGGGUUGGCUGGAGUUUUCCAAAGGCCUCCAACCCAUGUUAUCCUCCCACUUGGUGGCCUGAAGUCUACAGAGUCUGCCGCGCGUCAUUCAGCCGACGAUGAUGUCGAUCAUGCUCAAGAGAUCUGGAGACAUAUGCGUAACAGAUCGAAGGGCGAUGAAACGCCUCUCCGACCACGGAAGGAGGCACUGAGAGAACUGCAGAAUCUGGAUAAACCAUUGUGGGAGAUUCGAAAGCUGGCACUGCAAAACAAGCGGAGCGUAGGAGCAGACACGCUGAGGAGCUUGGCUGCGAGCACUCGGGGGUUUGGAGAUGGCACACAUGGACCGUGGCUUUGA